AUGAAGAACCGCUGGGCUCUAUUAAAGACCUUUUGCUGCGCUGCUGCGGUGUAUGUACACCUCGUGCUGCACUUCUCUCUCGGCUUUGUGCAUCCCUCAAGCAAAACCCUCUCUACUUCUUCUCAUAUAGGUGUUGCUCCUGUGUCUCCUGCUGCUGCUGCUGCAGCAGCAGCAGCAGGGCCUCUCUCCGCUGCAUACACCGCCAGGAAGCAGCUGCUGCGCGCAGCUCCUGGAGCAUCCCUAACCCAAGCAGCAGCAGCAGCAGGAGGAGCAGCAGCAACAGCAGCAGGCAGCAAAGACGAUCCUUAUGAUAUAGCAGUUGUGGGGUUAGGAGUAGGAGGGCAUGCAGCCUGUCUGCAUGCAAAAUCUUUGGGGCUUCGUGUUGCUGCUGUCAGUGGAGGAGACCCCGGGGGUACUUGUGUAAAUAGAGGGUGUAUCCCUAGCAAAGCUUUACUUGCUGCUGCGAGGAGAGCGCGCAUGCUGCAGCAGCAGCAGCUGCUGCAGCAGAUGGGUAUACACCUCGCACCAAACGCCGUUACAUUAGACCCCAAAGCUGCUGGACAAUAUGCACUCGGAGUCGCAGCCAAGGUGCGUAAGGGGUUGUUGGGAUCGCUAGCAGCCCACAAGAUCCCAGUGAUCGAUGCACGUGCAGUUGUAGAGGGUCCAGGUGUUCUAUCUCUGCACCCCACACCAACAUCACCUGCCGAUACACCGCAGACUCUGCAUGCGCGCAACAUUAUCUUGGCCCCGGGAUCGGUUCCCUUCGUUCCCCCUGGGAUCGAUGUGCCCCCACAGCCACACCCACAGCAACAGCAACAGCAGCAGCAGCAGCAGCAGGAGCAGCAGCACCAGAUAAUGACUAGCGACACCGCUGUGGGGCUCCCUACAAUGCCUUCUUAUGUCGCAAUUAUAGGUGCAGGGUAUAUUGGUUUAGAAUUUGCUGAGGUGUUUUCUUCUAUGGGAGCUGAGGUUGUGCUUAUAGAGGCUGGGGAUCGUCUCCUCCCGGGAGUCGAUCCCGAUAUAGCAGAAGCAGCAAAGCGUCUCCUCCUGCAGCGAGACCCAGAGAGACCUAUCAAGUUACACACCAACACCCUUGCUGCUGCAGUGAAGCGCAUGCAGCAGCAAACACCAGCGCCGCUGGAAAUACACCUCAAAGAUAGAGAGACAGCAGCAGAUAAAGGAGUACUUACACCCGAUGCAUGUCUUGUUGCUACUGGACGCAAACCUGCGACACAGGGCUUGGGUUUAGAGGCGCUAGGCGUUAAUCUACAAAGAGGUGGAUUCAUACCUGUUGAUAAAUGCAUGCGGGUGCUUCGACAUACAUCAAGCAGCAGGUCUCCUAGAGAGGCAUUUGAAGGUUCUGCUGCUCCUGCUGCUGCUGCUGGGGCUGCUGCUGCUGGGGCUGCUAAAGGAGAGGGGGGUGCAAGCGAAGGAGAAGUUAUAGAAGGGCUUUAUUGUAUUGGAGAUGCAAACGGUGUGCUGCAGCUAGCGCAUGCAGCUUCAGCUCAAGCAGCAACAGCAGUAGAGACAAUUGCAGGGAGACACCGUCCCUUUAACCCUCGGCUUAUUCCUGCUGCAUGCUUUACUAACCCUGAGAUAGCAUUUGUUGGCGGGGAUUUGCGUUUGGCGCUGUAUAGAGGCUCGUUCAGGUAUACGGAGCCUGAGGCUCGUGCAUUGAGUGAGCGUGAGGGUUUCUCUUUGGGUGUCUCUACAUCUUCAUUUAAAGCAAAUUCAAAAGCAUUAGCGGAGGGAGAGGCUGAGGGUUUAUGCAAAAUACUUUGGAGAAGAGACACCGGACAGUUGUUGGGCUGUCACAUCAUCGGUCCUCAUGCAGGAGACUUAAUGCAGCAGUGUGCAAAUGCAAUGGCUGCUGGGGUGUCUGUACACCAGCUCGCUACAUACACGCACACACACCCCACACUCAGCGAAACUGUUGAAGCUGCUUGGAAGCAUGCUGUAGGCUUCCUUUCUCACUAA